AUGCGCAACAAAAGGGGUCAAGAUCCCAAUCUUUUCUGUGAAUUUCACAAGGAUACGGGCCACCUAACCGACGACUGCUUCAGUUUAAAGCAAGAAAUUGAAAGGGCCCUGAGAGAUGGAAAGCUCACCCACUUAGUAAAAGGCAGAAAGCGCGAUUACCGCCAAAUUCAGAGACGAGAAGAAGGGGCAGAUAACAAAAAACUCAGGAAGUUAGAAACCCACAUGGUUCAGGGAGGUCCACGAAAGCCAAGGAAAAACUACAACAAGCGCACACAAGACGACUCGUGGAGCAAGCGACAAGUUAUUUUUCCCGUUGUUAGAGGGGGCCCAAGGGAAAAGCGACCGAUAGUCAUCUCAGGAGUAAUUGGCCAUUACCAAACAGACUACAUUUUCAUCGAUCCGGGAAGCACCGCGGACAUCAUAUAUGAACAAUGCUUCAACCAAUUUGAUCAGGAGGAUAAGGCGCGCUUAGAACCAGUCGAUUACCCACUCACUGGUUUCUGCAACGAAGCCGUCUUUCCCCUGGGACAGAUAUCAUUCCCGGUGUUACUCUCAGAUGGAAGAAAUUCAAGAACGGAAGAUGUCAUGUUCAUGGUGUUACCAGCGCAUUCAAGACACGACAUCCUUCUAGGAAGGGAGUCCCAAUGA